GGUCUGUUAGGCCUGAACUUUUAAAAAGAAGGCAAAGGAGUCACUUCCCAGACUCACUCAGAGGCUCUUUCUAAACCGAGAAGAUAAGGAAAGGGAAAAAGGCAGGGAAAAAAGAAUGAAUUCAAUCAAAUCGCCUGCAUCCCAACACACAGAGAGAGGAUGCUUCAGAAACUCCCAAGUGCUCUCCUGGACUAUGGCUGGGGCCUCCAUCCUGUUUCUCAGUGUCUGUUUCAUCACCAGAUGUGUCGUAACAUAUCGAAGCUUUCAAAUUUACGGGCAGAAGUUACAGCCAUAUGAAACUAUCAAGGAGCUUUCCUGCUUCAGUGAAGCACCAGGUUCAGUCAAGAAUUGCUGUCCUUUGAACUGGAAACAUUUUCAAUCUAGUUGUUACUUUUUCUCUAAGACAACCUUGAGCUGGUCAUCAAGUUUAAGGAAUUGCUCAGACAUGGGGGCUCACCUGGUGGUUAUUAACACACAGGAAGAACAGGAAUUCCUUUUUCACACAAAACCUAAAAAGAAAGAGUUUUAUAUUGGACUGACAGACCAGGUGGUGGAGGGUCAGUGGCAAUGGGUGGAUGAUACACCUUUCACUGAGUCCCUGAGCUUCUGGGAUGCUGGGGAGCCCAACAAUAUAGUUUUAGUGGAGGACUGCGCCACCAUAAGGGACUCUUCAAACUCCAGAAAGAACUGGAAUGAUAUACCCUGUUUCUACAAUAUGCCUUGGAUUUGUGAGAUGCCAGAAAUAAGUCCUUUGGGCUAAGUGCAAAGGAAUAAAAGGGACAUGAUUUACAUGCAUGAGGAAGAACAAUAGUGAAUGUAACACCCAAAAUCCAACAUGAGAAAAUGUCCAUCAGUCAUCAGAAGGGCUGCACACGUGUGUGGUACCCUGACAUAAGUAAAAUGACUUGUUCCCAUUCUUAAAAAACCACGAUAUUGUCUGAUGUUCUCACCAAAACCUGCAAGUACUCUUUUCAGACCUUACAAAGCAAUUCUCUAAUAAACACAGCAAAAGAAAAGGAACUCUCCUUUUCACAUCUGUCUGGGUCCUGAGAAAUGAUAUUAAGGGACAAGUAGAGAGCAUGUACCCUGUCAGGCAAAGAAGUUGUCUGUAGAAAGAGACUUUGGAUGGUCUCAUCCUCCUCUUCUUUCUACAUCCUUGGGUCUAAUUUAUCUCCUCAUGCCAUGGAUGCAUAGGACACUUCCGUGUUCUCCAACAGCGAGGAAGAUGCAUCUUUGAGCCUUGAAACUUACCUGCUGCUUGGGAGAAAGGCAUGGCCUUCAGCGCAUCUCCAUAUGGAAAGGCCAGUGAAACUUCAGCUCCUAACAGACUGUGGUCCACUCUUCUGGACCCCUGUUUUCUCGGUGUUCUCUUCUAUCAACUGGAUUACACUUAAAUUUGUAUCUACUGCUCAAGUAGAACCAGAGUUCAAAGUGAAAUUAUCCUUUAAAAAUUCGGUUUCACAUUUUUCUGUCUCAGGACUUUGCAUUUAUUAUUCUGUCAAUGUAGACCAUGUUUCUUUCAGAAACCUUCAGCAGCAUUCACACGUUGUAAUAAACAUGUAUCCUUGAGUAGGGAAAUUAAACUAAAUAAAUUAAUUUGA